AUGUCUAUGGGAAUCAUAACCAUCGUACAUGCCGUUCUGGCUGUCUUUCUCAUUAUUGAGUUAGGCCUCACAGCUUACAUGGUUGAUUUCACCGACCACUGGUGGACCGACUCGCCUGCUUCCUUCGCCUUCUUACUCUUCUGUUCCGUCUGGUCCAUCCUCAUGCUUCUCUACCUCGCCUUGGCGCCUCUCUUUGCCCCCCGCAUCUACCACAACAUGAUCGCUCUCGGUAUUCUCGCCCUUACCUCGCUCUUCUGGUUUGCAGGCGCUACCGCUGUUGCUGCUCACAUCGGCGUCCCUAAGUGCCGUGGAGACACCCGCUGCCAAGCCACUCAGGCUGCCGUCGCAUUUGGUUACUUCAUCUGGGCCAUCUUUACUGGCUUGACCAUCAUGGAGGCUCUUGCUUUCAUGCGAGGACGUGGCCACACUGCUCACGCUGACACCAAGCCCGGCCACACCUACGGUGCCUAA